AUGGCAGAUGCCAGGUCUGUAGGAAGCGCAGAAUCAAGUAGGUCAGGUACUAGUAGUACGUCCAGAGCAACAUCGUCCUCACGACGACAAGCGAAGAUUCAGGCCGCUGCGAAGACGUUACGUCUUGAACAGGAAUUUCUGGCAAAGAAAUUCGAACAAGACAAAAGACUAGUGGAGCUGGAGUUGGCCGAGGACCUAGCUAGGCUCUCCGAUGAGGAAAGUAUUCCGGACGACAGUAGCCAACGUAGCUCACAUCGCUCCUCAACUGCAAGUGUGCGCUCAAAUCGUAGCGGUGCUCUCUCGAUCUCCAACUGCAGUUCUGGAUAUAUGAACGCUGCGGAUGAGCAGUCAGUGCAGGAAGUGGAGUCUGACAGCCAAAGACGCAGCAACGUUAGUUUGAGCAAUCACAGUGACACUGACAGAGGAGAUUGUGUCCGACCUGCAGUAACUGUCGCACCCCAGUCUGAGCUGACAAGACCUGCCAGACCACCGCCACAGCCUCCUGUACACCGUGUACAGGCCAAGCGUCCACCUAUCAUGAAUGCUGCAGCCAGGAGCUUCAAGCCAGCAAAGGCUGGUGCAGCCAGUAGAACGCACCUUGACUCUGAUGCGCCACACCGGUCUGUGAGCGCACAGAAUCCAGCCACCCGUCCACAUGGUCCAGAGGAUCCCACUGCAUCUGCACGAUACGUUCAGAACUGGGUAAACAGCGUGCCACACAGUGCUGGGUAUGUUGGUAUUCCGCAGUUCCAGAUAAAGCCGCUGGAACUGCCCAAAUUCAAUGGCCAACAGGAGAGCUAUCUUCGAUGGCGCCAGCGAUUCAUGCGUCUCGUAGACGACGACCUCAUGUCAACGGAGGAUUAUAAGAUGGCACGGCUGCGUGAGGCGCUGGAUGGUGGGAAGGCUGAAGAACUUGUCAGUGGUAUUCUGGACGGCCCUGGGGCAUACAGUGCCGUGCUGAAGGAGCUCGACCAGUGGUUUGGCGGCGACAACCGGGAGCUGGAACGGCAACAGCAGGAACUAUUGGCCAGUCCCCGGAUCUCUCGGGAAGAUGACACAACAGCUUUGCAACGACUUGCAGUGAAGCUGAGAAACGUUCUGCUUAACCUGAAAACGGCCAACGUCGUACCCGGACGCGAACUGUACAUAGCAGUGUCUCAGAAGCUCCCAAGACGGAUGCUGUCCCGAUUCCUGGAUCGGUAUGAUGACCAGAGCUGUGAUGCGGAGGUGUUGUCUACCUGGCUGCUGAAGCAGGUGCACAGAGCGCAGCAGGUGGAUGCGCGCCUCGCACUUCCCAGAGAGGCCGCCACAGCAUCUACCCGCAAGCCGUACGACGCCCACAGCAGCAGAGCGCCCAGCUCAGGUCAAACCCAACAUGCAUUCCAUGCCUCGAGGGGUAAGCCAGCGGAGACUCCCAAUGCAUGUUUCAAGUGUGACGGUAAUCAUCUCCUGAGCCAGUGCCCCGCCUUCACAGCAAUGUCGGUACGAGAACGCUGGGAUUUAGUGAAACCCACACCUCUCUGUAUUUGCUGCUUGCGACCUGGCCACCGUAGCAUGUCCUGUAGCGGGUCCACCUGCGCAAAGUGCAACGGCAAGCACCAUGCACUGCUGCAUUUCGACAAGUUCAGCAGCAACAAGCUUCAGCAGAAGCAGUCUAAUAGCAGUAACAGUCAGGGCAAGGUACCUGUCAAGGAGCAAGUUCUGCAUGUGUGCCGCUCGCAACCACGACGAACGUCUCUCCCUGCCAUAUCAUUCAUGACAGUCCCGGUCACAGUUCGCAACGGGAGUCAAGAAACCGUAUGCAGAGCACUACUUGAUCCUGCAUCCACCAGCACAUAUAUCAAAGCCGCAGUGGCUGAAGCUAUCGGCUUGACUGGAGAUCCGGAACCGCUCCAAGUGACCACACUUGGUGGCAGCCAGAUGGAGGCCAUGCGCCGACGCGCACCGGUGACCAUUCAAAGUACAGACAGCAGCUUGACCCACCAGAUCAGCGCUUGGGUUCUGCCAUGUGUCACAGCCGACACAGUGGCCGUCGACUGGAGUCAACACCAAGAUGCCUGGACGCAUCUGCACGACAUACCAUUCCCAACUAUGGACACCGGCGACAUUGGUCUGCUGAUUGGCGUGGAUGCUGCGCCACUCCACACAGCGCUGGAAGAGCGACGUGGCCCCGAUGAUGCGCCGAUUGCCCGUCGGACCCCGCUCGGUUGGGUUUGCUAUGGCCCCACAGGUACAAGCACCGAGAGGUCCCAGCCUAUCAUCACGAACUGUGCCACUGCCGCUGUACGAUCAGAGAUGACCUCCUCUGGCACAGAACCGCGUCUGGAUGAGCUUGUCCUCAACCUAUGGGAUACUGAGUCCAUUGGUGUUGUGAACGCUGACCAGCGAUACCGCACACCAGCAGAACGUGAAGCGGAGGAACUGGCCACGGCUACCAUGCGCCAUGAUGGGCAGCGGUACGAAAUCGGUCUUCCCUGGAUCCGCCCAACUGGUCCGAACAUCACAUCAAACCGCGCUCAAGCUGAACAGCGCUUGAGAGGUCUAGAAAAGACCCUGUCAGCCAAGCCAGCGAUCCAGGCAGAAUAUCACCGCGUCCUUGCAGCACAUCUGGAGAAAGGGUACAUCCGGAUUGUGCCUGAAGCCAUCGCCGCAGCAGACUGCCAGCACCAGUGGUACCUGCCACACUUCCCAAUCGUCCGGGAGGACAAGAGCACCAGCAAGGUUCGUGUUGUGUUUGACGCCGCUGCCGUCUGGAAAGGUCGCAGCAUCAACGCAGAAAUGCACACGGGACCACGCCUACAGAACGACAUCGUUCGCAUCCUGUUGCGGUUCUCUGCUGAACCAGUAGCUCUCGUUGCCGACAUCAGUGAGAUGUUUAUGCAAGUAGGGCUCAAAGAAGAAGAUCGGCGAUUCACUCGGUUUCUGUGGCGUGCCAGCCCAGACGAUGAUAUGCAAGUGUAUGAGUUUAACCGGUUGGUCUUCGGCCUAAGAGCAUCGCCCUAUCUCGCCGGCAAGGCUCUACUGCAAACAGCACAAGAUUUCGCGACCGACUCGAUGCGCAGCAACGACCUUGUCCAAGUGGUCGAGGAGAGCUUCUAUGUUGACGAUCUUCUGGACUCCUUCCAGUCAGCUUCUGUGGCAAUAGAUGCCCAGCAACAACUGACACAGCUACUACAGUCUGGUGGUUUCAAGCUUCGCAAGUGGCUAAGCAACUCUACCGAGGUGAUUGAGUCCGUGCCAGAAGCCGACAGAGCCCCGCAGGUGUCCCUGGAUGUCAACAGUAACCAGCACUGCACUCUACCGUCGUCUAAGACCCUGGGCGUCAUGUGGCUUGCUGACAAGGACGUAUUUACCUUCCGAUAUAAGGCACCAGAGGCGUCCCAGCAAUUAACCAAGCGAUACGUUCUACGACAGAUGGCAAUGAUCUUCGAUCCAAGAGGUCAGCUCACACCGUUCACGAUGCGUGCACGAGUACUGUUUCAGGAGGCAUGUGUCGCUGGAUAUGGUUGGGACGAGCCGCUGAAUGACGACGACACGGCUCGUUGGAAGCGCUGGCUAUCAGAGUUACCCGACCUGGCACAGAUCCACGCUGACCGAUGUUUCAAGUACACCGAUGCGGAUCCAACCUGCGUGAAGACGGAAGUUCACACGUUCGUCGAUGCAUCGGAUGCAGCUACAGCAGCAGCCUGCUGCGUCCGUACUGAAUAUCCAGACGGACGCGUGAAGGUGACACUGGCAUUCGCUAAGUCACGGCCAACUCCUAUCAAGAAGCUAAGUAUCCCGAAGCUCGAGCUGAAAGGAGCAGUCCUUGGAGUACAGCUAAGUAAAGAGCUGGAAGCAGCGCUGAAGAUACCAUUGACGGAGCAUCGUUUCUGGACGGACAGCCUCAAUGUGUUGUACUGGCUGAGAUCCCACAGCCGACGAUUCAGCACAGAUAUCGGUGUAAAAAUCUCGGAGAUUCAACGUGCCACAUCGCCCCUGCAAUGGCAACAUGUGCCCGGUAAGAUCAACCCGGCAGACCUACCCACACGAGGAAUGCCAGCCACCUCACUAGCAACGAGCAGCACAUGGUGGACAGGACCAGAGUUUCUGUCCAAGCCAUCGACCGAGUGGCCGCAACGCGAUAUCACCGUCCCAAGCAAGCUUCUAGGAGAAACUAAGCGACACCAAGCGUUGACGUUUGUCGCCGAAGCCACGGCAUCUAGACUGCGUCCCGAGAACUUUUCAUCCUGGAACCGACUGAAGCGUGUCACGGCUUGGAUAAUCCGGUUCUCCUCAAACUGCCGAGGUGCCAAGAAGGGGGAAGAACCUGAAGGCAGUGAUGCGGUCUCUCGUGUAGCUGUGUCGUCGGCAGAGAAUGUAGCAGUUCCCGAACUGUCGGCAACUGAAAUACAGCGAGCAGAACGGCACUGGAUCAGCGUUGCCCAGCAGGAGUGUUACUCGGCCACUAUUUCGACCUUACAGCGGGAGAAAAGUGUUAAGCCCUCAGACCCUUUGCUCCGGCUCAAUCCAGUCCUAGACACCGCUGAACGGCCAUUUGUACUACGCGUUGGAGGCAGGCUGGAGCAGGCAUCAGCAAUGUCGGAAGGUACGAGGCAGCCACUGAUACUGCCGUAUCGGCAUCCAGUAUCUGACCUCAUCAUUGCCAAUGAGGAUCGCAAAACCCACCAUGCCGUCGGCACGAAUCAUCUGUGGGCCAACCUGACAACUUCGUAUUGGCUGAUCAAAGGCAAACAAGCGAUCAAAUCGCAUCGCCUACGAUGUAAUGGCUGCAUUCGGCACUGGAGGAAGCCUGCAGACCAGCUCAUGGGCCAACUUCCUGCCGCUCGAGUUGCUAUGACGAAGCAGGCCUUCCAGCAUGUUGGAGUGGACUUCGCAGGCCCAUUCCUAACCCGUCAAGGUCGUGGACGCUCACAAUUGAAGCGCUAUCUCUGCCUCUUCACAUGUCAGGAGACACGAGCAUGCCAUUUAGAGAUGGCCUAUGACCUCUCCACUGAAGGCUUCCUGAUGUGUUUUGACCGAUUUUGUAAGCGCCGCGGAGCACCACGUCUGGUAGUGUCAGACAACGGCAGAAACUUUGUGGGUGCAGAACGUGAGCUGCGUGAUGCCCUUCAAGCUAUUGACCGAGGUCAAGUGGUCACCCGUACAGCGACACAGCACACGUCGUGGACGUUCAACCCGCCCCGGGCACCACACCAUGGCGGCUUCUUCGAAGCGCUUGUCCGGUCAGCCAAGCGAGCAGUGUUUGCUAUACUGCAUUCUGCUAACUUCACUGAUGAAGAACUGCAAACUGCCUUUGUUCAGGCAGAGGCCCUGUUAAACAGCCGGCCACUGACUACAGUUGGAUCAGAUGCUGAUGAUCUCGCCCCGUUGACACCUCAGCAGUUCCUCAUUGGCCACAUUCAGGUGGAAACGGCCAUAGAAGCGGCACAAGCUUCUAUGACACCAGCACACCCGCAGAGACGGUGGAAAGCUGUGCAGGUUGCUGUGGACCACAUCUGGCAACGCUGGCUGAAGGAAUUUGUGCCCACACUUAAUAUCCGACAACGUUGGAGAACGCGCAGUCGCAACAUAACGGUUGGCGACAUGGUAUUGUACAUGGCACAGGACACGCCCCGUGGAAUGUGGCCUCUCGGCAAAGUGGUGGACGUUUUCCCCGGAGCAGACGGUCUCGUGCGUGUGGUGGACAUCCUCGUCAAAGGCAAAACGUAUCGGCGUCCGACCAACUUGCUGGUUCCACUUGAGGUAGAGCCGGAGGUGCCUGCCAAGUAA